AUUUUUUCAAAUUUGUGUGUAAUAUUUUGAAUUAUUUCCAAUGACGUUGUUGAUUUGCAAAAGCUGAUUACUCCUGAAUGUUUUUAAGGUUCAAAGUAGGAUGUUGACGCCCCCAUGGCAUGUAGGAUCUGUCCUCUAUCGCUUAUCGCCUUGCUCGUACUUGUUCCAGUAAACUGUGGGCCCAAUUUUUUCAAAGAGCUGCCGGGCUGUGAUGCAACCAAAAAUUGGUGAUCAUCCAAUAUGGAUACUCAAGAAAACAUGGAAUCUAAUAAAGAGAUAGAUGGGGAUGGUCAUCAGACCAAUCAAGAUAUAUCUUACAUAAACACUCAGCACCUCUUUAGAAAUAUUGACGAUUGUUUAGACAAUAUGCAACCCGAAAACAGCCAGACACAUUUGAUAAGCUGUGAAAAUGAACAAAGUUUAAAACAGAAAGAUUCCAGAAAGGCAUCCCAGGACAUUACCACAAUACAUUCAAAUAAAAGUGAAACUGACAAUCAGGAACAAAAUGCUGAAAAGACAUCAUGUAGUUCUGCUCAUGUUGAUUUGACUAUCAGUGACAAAUCUUUUAAAAAAUCCAAGGAAUUAUUCAGUUCUAAUAGUGAAAAUAAAAGUGAACUUUCUGAAUCAAUUGUUGAACCUGUGAUUCCAGCAACUGUAAUUAGUGAAAAUGUACAUCAAAAUAUUACUGAUAAUACAAACACCAAUUUAAGUGAAGAAACAACUGAAUUAAGUGAAAAUAAAUUUCUACCGAAAACCAAACAUAAGGUUGCUGAAGACGAAGAGGGUGUUCAUUCUUGUAAAAGGCAGAGAAUAGAAACAGGCGAGCAGUUAGAAAGUGAAAGAUUGUUAGAAAAUCAGAAACUGGAGGCUUUAAAUAGAUGUGAAGAGUUAGAGACAGCUAUGGCAGAUGAAAAUAUACCAGUAAAUGAAGAAAGUAUACCAGCAAAUGAAGAGAGCACUGAAGCAGAUGAAUCUCACCAAAGUUAUGAGAUACAAUAUGAUUUUAGCAAAAACCCUGGUCAGAUAACUGGAGCAUGGACCGAGUUUGAACAUAAAGAACAGAACUUCUUAAAAGGCUGUAAAUGGUCACCUGAUGGUAGUUGUAUAUUAACUAAUAGUGAUGAUAAUUACCUCAGAUUAUUUAACACACCACCAGAGGUAUAUUAUGGUAACAUGGAAAAUGUUCCACAAAUGACAAGUAUAUUGAAAAUGAAAGGAGGGGAGACCAUCUAUGAUUACUGUUGGUAUCCAUUGAUGAAUUCUUCUGAUCCUGCAACGUGUUGUCUGAUCAGUACAGGUAGAUGUAUGCCUGUUCACAUGUGGGAUGCAUUUACCGGAGAAUUACUAUGUAGUUAUAAAUCAUAUGAUCAAGCUGAUGAAUUAGUAGCAGCUCACAGUGUAUCUUUUAAUCCUGAUGGCAGUAAAAUUUACUGUGGUUUUAAUAAAACUAUCCGAGUAUUUGAUGUAUCAAGACCUGGCAGAGAUUUCCAAAGAAGACAAACAUUUGCAAAGAGUAUUGGUCAGCCUGGUAUUAUAUCAUGUAUAGAACACAGUCCUGUAGAUUAUAGUUUAUAUGCUGCUGGAUCAUACUCUAGAACCAUUGCAUUAUAUUAUGAACCAAAAGGGGAAUUAGCAUGCUGUUUUAAAGGUCAACAAGGGGGAGUAACUCACAUCAAGUUUUCUCCAGAUGGCACAAAGCUAUACAGUGGAGGAAGAAAGGAUCCAGAAAUAUUGUGUUGGGAUUUGAGGAAUCCAAGUAAAAUAUUGCUGACAAUGAAACGAGAAGUGGAGACGAAUCAGAGAAUUUAUUUUGAUUUAGACAGUAGUGGAAGGUAUAUGAUAUCUGGUAAUCAUAAUGGUAGUAUAAAUAUAUGGGAUGUAUUAGGUACUGAUACUACACCGCAACCUAUUCUAACUUAUCAAGCUCAUCAUGAUACAGUUAAUGGUGUCAGUUUACAUCCCAGUUUACCAUUAUUAGCAACCUCAUCUGGUCAAAGACAUUAUCCUGCAUUAGGAGAUAGUGAUGAUUCUGAUACUGAAGAUUUUACACAGACAACAGAUAGUGUUGAUUAUAGUUUAGGACUGUGGUGGCUUGGAUCUUAAUAAAAAUGUACGUGUAUGUCGUAAAAAA